UAACCAAUCGAUUCACCAACCGUCUAGUCUACUAUCAUGUCCGGAUACACGCUCAUCUACGAGCCAAACACGGCGGCCAAGAAAACGGUGAACGAGUUCAAAACUCUUUUGGAAAAGGGUAAGGAUGAAUCCAAGAUCGACGCCAUGAAGCGCAUUUUGAUCACCAUUAUCAAUGGGGAUCCAUUACCAGACUUGCUCAUGCACAUCAUUAGAUUUGUGAUGCCCUCCAAGAACAAGGAAUUGAAGAAGUUGUUGUACUUCUACUGGGAAGUGUGUCCAAAGUUGGAUGAACAUGGCAAAAUGAGACAAGAGAUGAUUCUUGUUUGUAACGCCAUUCAACGUGAUUUACAACAUCCUAACGAAUUUGUCAGAGGUAACACCUUGAGAUUCUUGAAUAAGUUGAAAGAACCUGAUUUAUUGGAAACUUUGGUCCCCAACGUUCGUCAAUGUCUUGAACAUCGUCACGCUUAUGUGAGAAAGAAUGCCGUAUUUGCUCUUUACUCAAUCUACAAGGUUUCUGAUCAUCUUGCCCCAGAUGCUGAUGAAUUGAUCUACAAGUUCCUUUAUGACGAAACAGACUCCGUUUGUAAGAGAAACGCCUUUGUUUGUUUGGGUGAAUUGAACCGUGACGCUGCCUUGAGAUACUUACAAGACCAUAUCAGUAACAUUGAACUGUUGGACUCUGUAGUACAAUUGGCCUUCAUUGAGUUCAUCAGAAAGGAUGCUGUCACCGCACCAGCCUUGAGAGUGCAAUACACCCAAUUGAUCACUGAAAUCAUUGAAACCUCUACCUCCAACGUUGUCUUGUAUGAGGCUGCCACCACCUUAACCACCUUAACCACCAACUCACAAUCCGUCUUGUUGGCCGGUAACAAGUUUGUUGACUUGGCCACCAAGGAGGCAGACAACAAUGUCAAGAUCAUCACCUUGGAAAGAAUUAGCGACUUGCACAAGUCUCACCCUGGUGUCUUGCAAGAUCUUUCUCUUGAAAUCUUGAGAGUGUUAUCUUGUCAAGACUUGGACGUUCGUAAGAAGGCCCUUGACGUCACCUUACAGUUCAUUUCCUCACGUAACGUUGAAGAUGUUGUGAAAUUGUUGAAGAAGGAAUUACAAAGAACCGCUUCAUCCAACGAUGAUAAGAACUCCGAAUACAGACAAUUGCUCAUCAAUGCUAUCCAUCAAUUGGCCAUCAAGUUUGUCGAAGUUGCUGCCAAUGUUGUUGAUUUGCUCUUGGAGUCCAUGAGCGACUUGAACACCGCUGCUGCAUACGAAGUGAUCACUUUUGUGAAGGAGGUUGUUGAAAAAUUCCCAGAUUUAAGACAAUCCAUUGUAAGUAGAUUAAUCCACACCUUGGACUCUGUCAAGAGUGGGAAAGUGUUCAGAGGAUCCCUUUGGAUCAUUGGUGAAUACAGUAUGGAAGAAAAACUUGUCCAAGAAGCUUGGAAAUACAUUAGAUCCAGUAUUGGAGAAGUACCUAUUCUUGCCAGUGAAAAGAAGGCAUCUUCCAAGAAGGAUGAUGGUGAAGAAGAACAACAACACGAAGAUAAUGAUGAACAUCCAAAGAAGAAGCAUGGUCCAGUCAUCUUACCAGACGGUACAUAUGCCACUGAAAACGCAUUGACUUCCGAUGUCAACCAACAAGACGCAGAUGCUGACAAGCCUCCUAUCCGUAGACUCAUCUUAGCCGGUGACUUCUACUUGGGUGCCGUUUUGGCAUCGACUUUGGUGAAGUUGGUGUUGAGAUUGCAACGUAUUUCUACACAACCACAGAUUUUGAAUGCAUUGAGAGCAGAAGCUCUUUUGAUCAUGGUAUCUAUAUUGAGAGUUGGUGAAUCUUCCUAUGUUACCAAGAAGAUUGAUGAAGACUCUGCCGACAGAAUCUUCUCAUGUAUAAACUUUUUGAGUGAUGAAAAGGAUGCUAAAUUAAUUGAAUCUGGAUUCUUGGAUGAUACCAAGGAUGCCUUCAAGCAACAAGUCAUUGCCGAGGAAACCAAGAAGGAAGAAGCAAAGGCCCAGGCCUUCCACAAGAACGCCGAGCAAAUCGACGACUCUAUUGUGUUUGAUCAAUUCUCUAACGAUGCUGCAUCCACUGCCGCCGCUGCCAAAUCAGAUGAAGUUGAAUUGGCUCUGGGUGGAAGUGACGUGAAGAAGGAGGACUUGUCUUCAAGAUUGAACAAGAUCUUGCAAUUGACCGGGUUUUCAGACCCUAUCUACGCCGAAGCCUUUGUCAAGGUACAUCAAUACGACGUUGUCUUGGAUGUGUUGUUGGUGAAUCAAACCACCACCACUUUGCGGAACUUGUCGGUCGAGUUUGCCACCUUGGGUGACUUGAAGGUUGUCGAUAAGCCAGCCACUGCCAACAUCGGACCUCAUGGUUUCCACAAGAUCCAAACCACAAUCAAGGUUACCUCUGCUGAUACAGGUGUCAUUUUUGGUAACAUCGUGUACGAUGGACAACACUCUGACGAGUCAACCAUAGUCAUUUUGAACGACGUGAACGUCGACAUUAUGGAUUACAUCAAGCCUGCCACAUGUACAGAGAGCGUAUUCCGUAAGAUGUGGAACGAGUUUGAAUGGGAAAACAAGAUCACCAUCAAGUCACAAAUGAAUUCUCUUAAGGAUUACUUGGCCGAGCUCAUGCGUGGAACUAACAUGAACUGUUUGACUCCUGGCGCGGUUAUUGGUGAAGAAUGUCAGUUCUUAUCGGCCAACUUGUACUCUAGAUCCACCUUUGGAGAAGAUGCAUUGGCCAACUUGUGUAUCGAGAAGCAAAGUGAUGGUCCUAUUAUCGGGCACGUGAGAAUCCGGUCCAAGGGCCAAGGGUUGGCAUUGUCAUUGGGUGACAAGGUUGCGCAAAUUUCGCGUAACACCCAAGCUAAGGCUAUUUCUAACUAGAACUGUUUAAAAUGAAUACAAUAUAUAAAUAAGAAUGUGUAUUAUUUGUAGAGAUUUCUCCUCACAGAGGAGUUUUAAGAGAUAUGGGGGCCACUAUCCCAGGGGGCUCAGCUUCUCUGAGGAGGAGUUCUGACCUGACCUGUUCGGUGAAUCUCCUCGAAAAGGAGCUAGGCACCAUGCAGUGGCUCCCCCCGAGUAGGGGCCAUCGGAGAGUCCUGUUUUCAUGGAGUAGGGUCCGGGCCACCGUACGGAGUCUAUGUGGCUAUAAUGAAUGCUGUAGCGGGGACUGGACUAGGACCGCGUAGAUGCAAGGUUAUUUUGUUUUUGUUUUUGUAUAAGAAGAAGAUACGAGU